AUGGCAUCAUCGGCGGCUCGCGUCGGCUCGGAGUUGCCUCCGUUCGACUCGGAAGAUGCUUUUGCUGUGGCAUUACGAAUCGACAGCUCCUCGUUGCGCUCUGGUGAAGCCCCAGACAUCUUCGUGUCGCUGUACGACGACCCACGAGUGCACGUAGAUGUAGCUGAGGACUUGACGUUGUUGCUGGGCUUCGAGCGCAAGAUCUACAGUGUAGGUGUGCAGGAGGAUAUGGAGAAUAAUGGCCAAACGACAGCCUCGCUCUGUGUCAUCGUAGAUGCUGAUAGUAUUCACUUGGAGGAGGACGAGCAGGUUGCAGACGUCAAGUGGCUUGACCGCGAGCGCUUUUGCGCCGGCUACACGUCGGGCAUCGUGCGCAUUUUCAACCGCGUGGGGAAGCUUCUAUUCGAGCAGAAGCUGCACGGCGCAACAGUACACAAACUGGACGUGAAUCGCAACGCAGCCACGAUAACGGCUCCACGCCGAGCUAGCGUCUUGCUAUCAAGCGAGCCAGACAUGGAAGGAGAGCUCUGGGUACUAUACACAGACUCUACCGUGGCUAUCAUCCAAAUUUCAGAGAUUUUAGCCAAACUAAACUCCGUAUUCGGGCCGGCACAAGCCAGUAAGUUCCGGAAAUACUCGCUACGAGAACAGAAAGAUAUCGUUGCUGCUAUCCCAUGUGGGCCCGUGCGACCCACGAUUUUCCAGUCGCAUUCGCGUCUUGGCGUGUAUACAAUCAUAAGCGCAGGCUCUGCGCCUUUCCUCGCGUUUUAUCAGGCUGGAAAUGACCAGAAUUCCAUCAUCCACUUGGCUCAUAUCGCUACAGCCAUUGCAUCGAGAGCCGCUGGAGCUGUCUGGAACUUUGCAACUAGUUGGGGGUGGAGACGAGACGCAGGAGAGGGUGCAACUGGAGAGGCAGGACACACCGAGUACACUCAGCUUGGCUCAGGUGCAAUUGAUGCCGCAGCAGAGCAUGUACCAGCACCAAUAGGCACUACGCGAUCGAUCUAUGAAGAUGAGCGACGACGCUGCAGAGUUCUCGUAUUGAGUCCGACAGGCAGGUUGGCAGCUGUAUCAGACACGCUAGGACGGAUUCUACUGGUAGAUACUGCACGUAUGCUCGUGAUUCGCAUGUGGAAGGGUUAUCGGAAUGCGCAGGUGGGCUGGAUGCAAGGAUCGGACGGUGCUCGUCGACCCCCUGGACUCUACUUGGUCAUCUACUCUGCCCAACGUGGCAUUGUGGAGGUAUGGCGUGCACGGUAUGGCCCCAGGGUUUUCAGUUUUGCGGUGGGCAACUGUGCUAAACUCUUCACGCAGUUUGACCCUGUGACUAGAAGAACAAAGUGUGUCGUCUUGUGUGCAACGAGCGACCAUGUGUCGGAACUGAUUGAGCUGAAGCCAGGACUGCCCAACGCGUCGAUUUUGAUGAAAUAUUUUACGCAAAACAAGCUCCAAGAAGAGAAUUUCCUCCUGCAUCAGGUGAUUGGCGGUCUUCAAGCGUUCGUGAAGAAAAAACGUGUCGAUGCUACGCAUACACUGGAGCAGGACUCGCUGGAGCCUUUGCUAGAGGAUAUCGGCAGUCUGUCGUCGUCAACAACGAUCCAGACACUGCUCGACGUUCUCCUUAAUGCAGACAUGGCGUUGCUGAACGCAAGUUUCUUGCUUAAAGCGCUGGAAAAGCUACAGCUGGCGUUGAAAAGCGGAAUGUCUUCUAGGACACCGACUGGGGUAGAACUAUCGCUCCAGUGGAAACUUCUUUGGCAGCAUCGCCUUGUGUCUUCAUUUAUAGGGUUCCAGGCCGAAUUUGAGCGAGGCAAACAUGCGCUAGUAUCGAUGAUCCAGACCUCAACAAGAGACAUUAUUUCGCGAGCGAGUACAAAAAAACACGAGUCUGGCCCACCACCGCGUGUGUUACCGUGGUUAGAGUUGUUUCGUAGGGCUGGUCUCGCUCUGGAUGACGAAUUGUGUAGCCGCACGCGAACAGCGAUGGAUAGUGCCAGCCAGCUCACGGCCUGGGAGUUUAUGGAGUUUUUCUCCAUGCCGUUCAAUGACCCUGACUUGCCUCGGCGACGCGAUAUUCUGUCGCUCUUUGAAGUUGCGGAGACCAAGGAAGAGUUCCUGCGUGACACUUUCCGCGUGUUGAAGACCUCGAUCUUUCGCAAGUUUUCGACUACUGCUCAGAGGGACUGCUUGCUUACGUUUAUUCUCGCUCCAGUGCUAUCGAGUGUCUUCGCCGUUCAGGAGUUGCAACAACUUCAUUCAGCCAUUUUCUUGACGGAAGACAUGCUCACCAGACUAUUUAUUGAGUGGUACUUCUCACUACCUCUUGGCGGUAUACUCGCUCUUCCUCCACCUUCCAUGUCGUCGUCGCUUCAGCGCUGGCUACAGCCGUAUUUUGUCAUCUCUGACGUUGAGACUGGGAUUCAAGAAGAAGGCGAAGACAAUGCGAAAACUUCAUUUGUGUCGACAGAAUCCUAUCUCCGACGCUUACGUGGCUGCCCCUCGUCGCUGGUGGCGAUAUUUAACUCGUGCUGGAAGACCCCGAAGCUGUUUCACGGAUUUGUGUUGAGCGAGCACUGUGGAUGGGGUGAGAAACAAUCGGCGAAGCAUGCUGAAGAAGACACAUUCGGAAAGUAUAGCAGUGUUGGUAGUGGAGCACGCUGGGUGAUUCUACAGGACUGCAUUGCCAAAACGGUGCACCUGUCGUUGCGUCUUGGAAAAGUCGGUCGCUUAUCUGUGGACGCGGUGGAACACGUGGAUGAUAUCAUGCGGAGUAUUGCUGUCAUGCAGAUCAAUGAUGGCCAUGAGCCUGGCGAAGAUGAUGCUGCUGUACAACUGCCCAAAGACCAUGUCGAGGUAAGUGUGGGUGAUGACGGUACGGACGGUUGGGUUGCGACGAUGGAGAAUUGUCGAAAGGCUGCACAAAUGAAGGAUUGGGCUGCCGUACUUGGCGCAUAUCCUCAAUUUGCGAACAAGGAUGCGCUGUGCUGCUUCCGAGUAGGAAUCCUGUGUGCAGCUUGGAACGCGGAGCGAUCGGACAUGCGACAGCUGGAGGACGCGCUGCUGGAACUGGAUUGUGUGGUGUCGCUACAAGUGAAAGCGGCCAUGGCGGCGUACAUUUGGGAGCGAUACAUCCGUGUGCAUGUAGUGACACUGAUCACGUUUUGGGAGGAGAGUGCAGCUGGUCGGAAGCCGCAACGGGGUCUUCAGCCACAAGUCGCUCGCCGCUUCUUCUGCAUUAUCCGAAACCUGCUUGUCAUGUUGUUUAAUGCAGUGAAAGCGGUAGCAGCGGUUCGAGUCGUGGCAACUGAGUAUGAGGCUGAAAGCGACUAUGACGAUGAAACUAGCGAUGCAGAUGUCGAAUCGGAUGAUGAUGACGAGAGUAUGUCUCGAAUCGCCGUGUUUAAGAUGGAAAGCUUGACUCAGUCAAUCAAAUGGCGUUGUCGCGUGAAAGAUCUCCACUUGGUGUAUCGACAAAGGUGGCCCCCUGCACACGAUAUGUCCACUCUCAUGCAAGCACUACAAGGCUUCAAGCUUGACAUGGUCUCUGUUGCACAGAUCGCUGAUCACAUCAGUUUGGUUAUGCUGCUCGAUUCGUUUGCUGCAACGUCAGUGACGCCGAUCUCGAUUGUGAAGUUGUUCUCCAACAGUGGCCGAUAUUUGUGCCGACCCGACAGUUUUCUGACGACUCAACAACUUGCUCAGCCGAGCGAAGUGGAGACGACGUCUGUUACUCGAGACCGUACCAGAUUUCUGAAGGAGCUUCUUCGACAUGACGAAACGUUGGGCUUUGCGCUUGCUGAAGCAUUUGGCCUCCCGUUGGAGGUAAUUCGAGAAGAGUACGUCGUGUUCUUGUAUCAAUCUGGACGGGACGAACGGGCCGAUCUAGCGAUUGAGAAGAUGCAGAGACCAGAGCAAUUGGUGCUUAAGCUUGGGGCUAUUGCACGAGCUAGACUAUCGCUUAUUUUGAGGCGGAUGAAGACCGAAGCGGAAUUUGCUGCGGUGAUGAGUAUGCUGCCUGCUGACACGUUUUCUUGGGUCAUCAGCGAUACUAAAGCACCUCUUGUGGCUGACCCACUAGUCGAAAAGCUCGAUCUUACGCCUUCGCUUACUUCUACGCACUAUUUGCUGCUCAAGUGUUUGGCCAUGAUCUCACCCACGGGUGAGGAGUUUGAGAAGGUAUCUGCCAUGUCUGUAUUGGUAAAGGACGUCAUUAGUCAAGUAAAGCUGCAUCAUAGAGCUACUGGAUGCAACUGAAGUUUAUUGAGCUACGGCGAUAGCACGCGACAGCUGAAGCGAUACAUCAAGAAACAAAGUUACAGUGAAAUUAAGCAUUUGGAGUGAGAUCUG